AUGCGUGAAAAAGUUCAAGCCGCACUUGAGCAUGUUAUCGACAAACAUCAACCAAAACUUCAAAAGCAUAUUGAUAAUUGUUUGGAAUGGCUCAAAGAAAUCAUUGUUGAACAUCUUCCCCAUCAAAUUAUGGAACAUAUAAAGAAACAUGCGGAUGAAGGGGAUGACUUUUUUGAAGCUAUAGGUCAAAUUGCUAAAACAAUGUCAGUACAAGUUUCGGGAGAUUUUAAGGAUGAAAUUCGAGCAGUUACAAGAGAUCGUCUCGAUGAAAUUACAGUCAAUUCAUCAGAUGAUUUAACGACAGUAGUAGUAAGAGAAGCUAAGAAAGCUGUGGGCGAAGUAACACGUAAGAAGGAAAAGAAGGAUGAAGAGGAAUG